CGCGUCGCCGCAGCCCUCGGCACAGCGCCCGGCUGCCCCGGGGGAGCGCUGCUGCUGCUGCCGCCGCGGCGGGCGGGGGCGGCGCCGGCUGCCCCCCGGGGCGGCGAUGCGGCGGGGGCGGCCGUGAGCGCGGGGCCGGUGGGGACCCCCCCUUGCGGGGCAGGCGGCCCCGCCGCCGGACGGAGCCGCGCAGCGGAGGGGGCGCGGGCAGGCGCGGGGGGAGUGGUUAGAGCGGCUCCGCCGCGACACCCCCAGCCCCCCCCGCCCCGUUCAGCCGCCCCUCUCCAAAUAAAUCAGCACCAUGACUACUUCUGGGCAUGGAACAAAGAGGAUGCUCUCCCGGGGCCCCGCGCUGCUCCUGGCGCCGCUGCUGCUCCUGUGCCGAGUGGUGGAGAGCCGAGGAGGGAUCAUGGACAGCAUACAGAGAUUUUCAAACCUGCCAACGUACCUCCCUGCGAGCUAUCACCUCUGCAAUGCCGACGUUUUCUUCUUCCUCAAAGAAGCCAACCAGGAUAUCAUGAGGAACUCCAGUUUGCAGUCUAGGGUGGAUUCUUUCUUUAUAUACAAAGCCAAACUGCCACCCAUCCUAAAUGCCACGUAUGGACCCUUUUCUGUGGAACAGGCCGUUCCCUUGGACCUCAUGCUGUCUUCUGCAUCUUUUGAUUUCACAAACAAAUUCACUUUUAAUUGGAAAUUAAAAUCACACAUAAUUGACAGCUCCAUCUAUUCCAACAAACCUAAAAUACAAACCUUGUUCUAUAUUGCGGGGAAGGACUGGGAUGACUAUAACUCUGCGGAGAGGUUGCCUUGCGUGAAGAUGUUUGCGUUCCUGGAGUCUAGAGAAGUUGUGGCCAGCUGUAGAUUGACAGGUCAUCUGGGAUUAUGUGUUGCAGAGCUGGAAUUAUCCCCUAGCUGGUUCAGCUCCCCUCCGCCCCUGGUUUCAGAGGAAACAGCUUCCAUGGAGGGGAUUACCGUGGAGCUCUUCUAUAAGAUUUAUACAGCAGAUGGGGAAUGUUCUCCAGAGGAUGCAAGAUGGGAAAACAAUAUCCAUGCAGGUCAAGAUAAUGAACACAAGGCUUUGUCAGCUAUGGAGAGGAUUGGUAGCAUCAUUGUUUAUCCAAAUCAAGACAAAUUAAAACAGUCGUCACUGAGGCUAGAUGAAAAUAUCGUUAUUCAUUUACCGCUCAACCCGGUCAGAGAAGGUGACAUUGUGACCUUUCACGUUUCCCUGGCUGAUGACUCUCUAGCAGACCAGUUUGUAUUAAGAAUCAGGACGGCCCCGGGGGUGAAGAUCGUGGACAUCCGAGUCAGCGACGCGGACCAGUGGGGGGUUCAGGAGGAGACGGACAGCGCGAGGACCAGCGCCACCGUCACCUGCGUGCACAACGACCCCGGCGCCGAGAGCAGAGCAAACAUGUCUUCCUCCGAGGUCCUGCAGAUGGACUUUGAGAUCGACAACAGCAGCAGCCCGGCAGGGGCCCAGCAGAUCACCUGGCAGGUGGAAUACCCGCGGGACGACUCCCUGAGCGAGCUGGUGGUCUCCGAGAUCUUCGUCAGCCGAACGAUGUUUGUGGGAAUUGUUCCUCUUGCGAUGGACACGGAGGUCCUUAACACGGCCAUUCUGACGGGCAAAACGGUGUCUGUUCCAGUCAAGGUGGUUGCCGUGCAGGAGGACGGGUCUGUGGUUGAUGUUUCGGAUUCCACCGAGUGCAAAUCAGCCGAUGAAGACGUCAUCAAGGUUUCUGACAGAUGUGACUCCAUCUUCGUUAAUGGCAAGGAAAUGAAAAGCAAAGUGGAUACUAUUGUUAACUUCACUUACCAGCAUUUUACCACCCAGUUAGAAGUGACGGUCUGGGUUCCGCGGCUCCCGCUGCAGAUCGAGAUCUCGGAUACAGAGCUGAGCCAGAUCAAAGGCUGGCGGAUCCCCGUCACCUCCAAUAAAAGGCCGACCCGCGAUAGCGAGGAUGAAGAGGAUGAUGAGAAGAAAGGACGAGGGUGCACUCUGCAGUACCAGCACGCCAUGGUGCGAGUCCUCACGCAGUUUGUAGCUGAAUCCUCCGAGUUCGGAGGCCGCUUGACCUACCUGCUGGGCUCUGAGUGGCAGUUCGACAUCACUGACCUUGUCACUGAUUUCAUGAAGGUAGAAGAACCCAAGAUCGCUAAGCUGCAAGAUGGACGAGUUCUGGUUGGCCGUGAGCACGGCAUCACCACGGUGCAGGUUCUGUCACCUCUUUCCGAUUCCAUCUUGGCAGAGAAGACAGUGAUAGUUCUAGAUGACCGUGUAACCAUUACAGACCUGGGAGUACAACUGGUUUCAGGCCUGUCCCUCUCCUUACAAAUCAGCAAAGGAAGCAAGAGAGCUAUCGUUUCUACCAUCUCCGCGUAUGAUAUCCUGCAUACUCCAAAACAGGAAGCCAUAGUCAGUGCUUGGAUUUUGUUCAGUGACGGGUCAGUGACACCAUUAGAUAUCUAUGACACCAAGGACUUCUCGAUCACCAUCACUUCGUUGGAUGAGAUGGUGGUGUCUGCACACCAAAACCUGCAGUCCAAAUGGCCUGGGGUGGUGGCGGAAGGGGACGGGCAAGGACCUCUGAUUAAAAUCGAAAUGGUCAUCAGCGAGCCGUGUCAGAAGACGAAGCGCAAGAGCAUUCUGGCCGUUGGGAAAGGAAGCGUCAAAGUGAAGUUUGGUCAAAAAGAUUCUGACCAAAAGGGAAGCACUAAUGACAUCGAUGAUGUAGAUAGAGAUUUUAAAAGCCAUGCAAGCAAUUCUAUAGAGAAAACCGCAGAGCAAGAGAGGACAGCACAAGAAUGGUCCAAAAACCACGAGGACAUGUCCAGUCAGGAGGACAAUGCAAACAAAAGCACAACUUUCAUAUCUCCCAUUGAUCAGGAGUCCCUGGAGGAUGACCAGCUCCAAAAUAACCCAACUGCCUUCACGGGUUUCCCUGCGCAAGUAGAAAUACCGGGAGAAAACAACCCCAGCGAUCUCACAUUGACUUCAAGAGGAUUAACAGAUUUGGAGAUCGGCAUGUACGCCCUGCUGUGUGUUUUCUGCUUAGCAAUCUUGGUCUUUUUGAUUAACUGCGUGGCGUUUGCUUGGAAGUACAGGCAUAAAAGGUUUGCUGUGAGUGAGCAAGGCAACAUCCCCCAUUCCCAUGACUGGGUCUGGCUUGGAAAUGAGGUUGAACUGCUGGAAAACCCAGUUGACAUUUCGCUCCCGUCGGAGGAGUGCACUACCAUGAUCGACAGAGGAAUGCAGUUUGAAGAAAGCAACUUUCUCCUUAAUGGGAGCUCUCAGAAGACUCUUCAUAAUCAUAUCCUCAGAUCUUCUGAGUACCUUUGUGACAAAGAAGUUAAAAGUGAACCUAUAAAUCCUUCUGGGCCAAAGCAGAAGCGAGUAAAGUUCACUUCAUAUACAACAAUACUGCCGGAGGAUGGAGGCCCCUACACCAACUCAAUUCUAUUUGACAGUGAUGAUAAUAUUAAAUGGGUAUGCCAAGAUAUGAAUCUUGGUGAUUCCAAGGAACUUAGGGACUAUAUGGAAAGACUGCAAGACAAUAUGUAAAACUACUUUCUUAUGUUUGUAAUCACCUUUAUGCCUUCUGUUUAUGGAUGGUGGAGCAGUCAGUCCAGUCAGCAAUAGGAACACGACAGUCCAACCUUGGAGUUACUGAGAUGCUAACCUGGUAUCACUGAGCAGGUACGAGAGGCUGGCUGAGUUAAACCUGCUUCACCACAAACCAGGAUGUGCCCCUAAAACAGCUGCCUGUAGGUGUUGGAGGUGUCACACGCGAUGGCUGGUUUUCUAUACUGCCUGGUACUAGCAAAAUGCUAAUACAACUACGCUCAGACUCAGAGGAGACUUCAUUUGUUUGUCAUCUCCCAUGAUAAACGGUAAAUCAGAAAAGAAAGGGAUAUUUGUUUGCAUUGAUUUUUCUAGUCGUCGUCCUUUGUAAAGCACAGUGGACAUUUCUCACGUACAGCCUGAAACGAGGCUUACCUAAAAGGGAGCUGAAUGAAUCUAAUUUUAUUGCCUAUGUGCAAUGCAGCCAAGUAGUCCUAUUAUUUUCUACAGAUAUGAAAACCCCCAUGUGGUUAAUUUCUUUGCCUAUUGUUUAUGAAUUUUAUUUGACUUAGGGAACAUUAAAUAUUUUCUUUCAAAGUUGUUUUUUUUUUUUCUGGUUGUACCAAAGUGUAGUACAGCACUAUUUAUAAUGAUUUAAGUUUUCUAUCCAUCUUCACCAGCCCCUAGCGAUACCUCCUUCAUCACUGAUUAUCUUUCUCCUUUCCAUAUGGGUAUAUGGCUCGUUAGUACUUGAAACGUAGAAAGGUAUUAGAACUCUUACUGGGAAAGGGUUGCAUCUUCUUACAGGGAACUGUAAAUACAAUAAUAAACCCUGGAAAAUAAAAAUCAAGGAGUGACCCUGGGUUUACUUUUGUCAUUGCUAACAUGAAAAAGUAACCUGCAACAAAACAGCACAUACUCCCAAGACAAAUGCUUUGCUGAAACAGCAGCUUGGUUGACAAGACGCAUCGUUAUCGGAAUGAGAAAGUCGGAUGUGGUAUGGGAAUGCACAGAAUAGGAAGGAAAUUGCCUAGCAAAUAAGCAAAGGCUUGGAGUCACUGUUACUGUGUACUAAUUCAAACAUUGGUGGUAGAGUUUGGCUGGACAAAGUCCCUGCUCAACAGCCAAAGCCCCAGACCUUGUCUGGACCAUCUCUGACCAUAAGGCUGUUAAUAAAAUUUCACACCGUAUUUCAUUAAAAUAGGAAGAAGGAAAGAAAAGACACACUGGGCACAUUUUAAAGUGACUAUUCCAAAUUUUAACAAGGAAAACAUGCUGGAGAUUGAAAGCUGCCAUUUCAUAUGCAUUACGUGUAUUAUUUUUUACUGAAGGAUGACUGAAAUAAGUUGAAAAUUACAGUUUGAAAGAAAAAGAAUCUACAUAAUACUUAACAAAAACAAUAAAGCACAUGUUCUUGUGAUGGAUCCUGUGCAAUAAACACAAGAUCCAAAUUACAACUGCCUUAUGUACUGUAGUUCCCAUCUUUUAGGUAGAUCAAGAUAGGAUUUGAAUUCUAUAAUUCAGUUCUCAUAUUAGAACAGGCCAGACAACCUUAACUAUGGGAAAUUCUGCAUUUGGCUCCUAAUCCACAACUGGGAACAUGUUUAACGUAACUGCUGCAAAAUACAAGAGUUUUAAAGGUGAGACUCCGAAGUGAGGACACCAGGCUUAUAUAAGUGAUUAGAGACUUAUGUUCGCUGGCACCGAGCUGCAUAGUGAAGGGAUGGCAUCUGUUAUCAUCUAAUUUUAAGUAGAUAAAAUAACAGGCCACAGAGAUGCUUCUGUUUCAUAAGGGAUGCAGCACUUGUGCGUCAAAUGAAAUCUCGGGUUGUUUAACAAAUGUUCUCUCCUCUCUAAAUGAUCUAGACCUCGUAAGGAAAUAUUAAUUCCUACUGUGAUCCUUAUUACUGACAAUAUAAAACUCCCUUUUUAGAAUUUAACAUCUCUGCCCAACAUGUUAGUUUGUUAUUUACAUCACAUGUUGUUACAUGAAAGUUCCUACAUGGAAAAAUGGCAAUACAAAACACAGAACAAGUAGGAAGAGAGAAUUUGAUUCUCGUAAAACUGGGAUAACACCAAUAAAAUGGAGUUAUUCUGGGUUAAACGCUUAUGCUGCACUUGUCAUAAAAUUGAAAGGAAAAGAAGUAAUAUUAAUAUAUUUGUUGCAAAAUACAGUUCUGAGUUGAUCAGUCCUUUUUCAACGAAAUCUCCAAUUUUAGUUGCAAAAUUAAGUGCUUUAAUUAUAAGUCAAUUUAAUUUAAAAUUAUUUUUAAAUGCACAAUUUUCUGAUUCACCCCUUUCUUUUCAAUAAAAUAUUUUACUCAUGGCAUAGAUAAUAUUCUGCUUUGCUGUUAAAUGGACAUCAUUUAUAUGUUGAUAAAAUAAUCUCUGCUUUUGAGAUUAUAAAGCAAAGGUGGCCAAAUGAUCAAAAGGCACAAUAUGUAUGUAUGCAGGAAACUAGAAUUGUCUAAAAAAGAAAACAGAAAUUAUAUUGACAGACUAAUUGGAAUUAUGCUUCAGUAGAGGUGUGCGGGAAAGCAACACCUCUAAUUUAAUAGGGAACAGACAGCACAUCUUAUGGCACAUAUAAAGACAACAUUGGGAGCAGUUUGUUUGCCAGUAGCAGCGUCUAUACAGACCCUGGGAAAUAUUCUGUUGGCAAAGGGUGGGUUAAUGGAACACGGGGAGCUUGCGAACUUCAAAACUCAAUCUGCUCCCAGCCCCGUGACCCGGGUAACGAGCUCUGGGUGGUUCUGGCCCAGGGAAUGGAGCCAGAGCUCCUGGUCCCCAUCCUGCGGGACUUGCUCUUUCCUCUGGCCGUCGCCCCCAGCCCAGCUCCACGUGGCUCCUCUGCGCCUUAUUCCUCAGCUAAGAACUCAGAAAACCAGUGCCCUGCUCUCCUCUUGAUGUAGAACCACACGGAUUAACAGUUUGAGCUGCUGUUUCUUAAUUCAUAUUGGGGAAUGUAAAAGAAAAUCUUACAGCCAUACAAGAUGGUACAAGCAGUCCAUUAAUUAAUGGAAAACCCCUGUAUUUCAAGGUAGAGUACCCUAUGAAUGAAAUACCGAUUUUUCAUAGUGGAUAUGCUCUUUUCUGAAAUAUAAAUCAUGUGCACUACAUUGAAAUACACUAUAGUGUAUUGUGAAAUGCAUACAUUAAUUGCUGACUCUAUAACACUGAAUAUGUAUAUACAUCACACCCAAGAUAUUUAUACAAUAUAAUAAGUCUUAGAUGUAUAACAUGAAUUCUGUACAAAAUAAACUGUAAGUUAAGACAAUGGAAAAGAACUUUUAUAUCUGUGUAAUUUGUACGCUGAUUUAAGUUAUUCAAGCCUCAGUUUUCAUCUUUAAAUGUGCCCUUUACAAGAAAAUACUUAUUUUCCGUAGGCAGAUGUCUGAAAUAAAGACUGCGCUCUUCAGAAAGAUGGAACUGAAAGACUGUGAAAGAAACAGAUUCUGCUGGAGAAAUAAAAGUAAUGUUCAUGUGAUUUUUUUUUUUAA